ACCAAGGGAACCCCUGGGAUCGAUGGCUUUCAGAGGGGGCAAAAAUAAAGGAAAAGGAGUGCAUGGAGCAAACAAGAUGCUUGUGGUUUGAAUGGAUUAGGAGCUGCCUUGAGGUCUUCAUGUUUGGGUGAAAUACCUUUUUAGCAGCUUUGUAAUCAUUCAUUUCAUACUUGGGACCUCUAAGAAAUUCCAGCAAGAGCCCGAGUGCAAUCUGAGUUUGAGAUGCAGGCUUUGUUCUCAAGAGAAGGCAGUUCUUUCCUUUUGGGAGCUAACGAAAGGGAGAGGAAGAUCUUGCAUCUUUAGCAAAAUUUAAAUAUUGCUGAUAGUUUGAUUUCAGAAGCCUUUAAAAGGAACACAGAGAAUUGUUCAUAUAGUUCUAUUGUCAAAGGCAGAAAAUAAGUAGCCUCUGCACAAUCUUCUGACACAAGGGAGCAGCAGCUGGAUUUAGGUAAAGUAAAACUAUUUCAUCACUAUCAACUUUAUGCAGAAAUACAGGUGUAAACUUGAGCAGCUGUUUGCCCAGGUCAAGGGAAAAAGUACAGCUCAGCUGCUGCAAUUCAGCGUGGGGGAGAGUGGUGGGGACAGUCCAGAAGAUAAAGCCACUGCUCUGAGAGGAGUCAAAAUUGCAGGUGUCCUCCUGAUCCUGGCUGGUGUAACCUGAAGUUUGUUCUAAGGUCAGUGAUGUUACAGACUGAGCCCAAUAGAAUUUUCUCUUAGUAGCAUUGAAAUAAGCUAUUUUUUUGCCUUAUCAAUAAAGCUCUGACGAAUGUGCUGGGAGUGAAAUGCAGGCUGGGCAGUGCUUCCCAGCUGGAUCCCUGCCAGAGUACAGUUAACUCCUGGUGGUGCACCUGUAAUAUGAGACUCUGAAAAGUGAGAAAACCAAGCAGUGGAUUUGUGCCGAGGUCUGUGUUCAAGCCUCAGGUGUGACUGAACACACCCGUGUCACGGGAGCCAAAGGCAGCUCGUUUAAUACCAAAGUCCAGCAAGGAAACCUCUUCCUCGGCAAAGAUGGAGCCCUUCCCGUGGAUAUCUUCUCUUUCUCCAUGUUCUGGACGACUCUGCACUCACAGCUCGCCACUUCAGUUCUAGGAAUCUGAAAUACAGGUUUGGAAAUCUGAAAUAGUCGAUCUGCAAAGAACAUUUUGCACGGAGUGGUCUACAAGUGAGGUAUUUAUCUGCAGUCCAGAAUGCUUUCCAAGGCAGGGCUUGAAGAUAAAGUAGUGCUUUGUUCCGGGAGGUCAAAUUGAAAAUGGUGGAAGCCAGAAGCUGCCCUUCCUUCUACUCUUUCCUGAUUUCCAGGAAAGUGGUGGGAUCUCUUGUCUGUCUGGUGGUUGUUACUGCAGUUAUCUGGAUUACAGCUGGGAGUGGAAAAGUGCACUACCUUCCCUACUACCUUCCUUGCCCUGAAAUCUUCUCCAUAAAACUCCAAUAUACAGAAGAGAAGCUAAUCCAGCUUUUCCCCCAAUUAUUUUAUCAGCAGCCAAGAGUGCUGGCGCCAAAGCGCCAGGAUGUGCUGACAGUCACACCAUGGCUGGCCCCCAUCGUCUGGGAAGGAACCUUCGAUCCUGAGAUCCUGGACAGUGCCUACAGGCCACUGAACCUCAGCAUAGGGGUGACAGCCUUUGCCAUUGGAAAGUACACGAGGUUUGUGAGGCGCUUCGUGCAGUCGGCAGAGGAGCACUUCAUGAAAGGCUACCGGGUGAACUACUACAUCUUCACUGACAGCCCCGAGGCAAUGCCCAGUGUCCAGCUGCAGCCUGGACGAAGGUUUGUCCUUGUCCCCAUCAAGAAGUACUCCAGCUGGCAGGAGAUCUCCAUGCGCAGGAUGGAGGCCAUAAACAAGCACAUAGCAGAGGUGAGCCACAGGGAGGUGGAGUAUCUCUUCUGCCUGGACAUCGACAUGGUGUUCCACAACCCCUGGGGGCCCGAGACCCUGGGGGACACAGUGGCAGCCAUACACCCUGGGUACUUCAGUGUCCCUCGGAACCAGUUCCCCUACGAGAGGAGGAGCUCCUCAGCAGCCUACAUCCCUGCUGGGCAGGGGGACUUCUACUACGGAGGAGCCGUGUUUGGAGGGCUGGUCAAGAAGGUCUUUGAGUUCACCAAGACUUGCCACAUGACCAUCCUGACGGACAAAGCCAACGGGAUCAUGGCAGCCUGGCAGGAAGAAAGUCACCUCAACAGGCACUUCCUCUCCCACAAACCCUCCAAGGUGCUUUCUCCGGAGUAUAUAUGGGAUGACAGGAAGCCAAAGCCCCCUGAAAUUCGCCUCAUACGUUUUUCCACGGUGGAUAAGAACUACAAGGAGAUAAGAGAUUGACCACCUGAUCCCUGCAGAGGUGUCCUCCCCACAGUCAAACCCAUGGAAAUGAACUCACACAGAACAUGCUCCACCAUGAGUUUUUGUUCCCGGUAUGGACAAACUGAGAAAGGAACGUGUGGACAGUUUCUCUGGAGAGAACAGGAGUCUAAAUGCAUUUCAGAAGCAGCAGCCAAAGUGUAGAUGAGACUGAAAAGGUUUCUAGGUUCCUAAUCUUUGUAAAUACAAGCAUCCUGCUUAAGGCUGCAGCACUCAAAAAGGCAUCCAAAAGGCCAGUUUUCCAAAGCAAGGAUGCAGAUGCCUUUGCCUGAGUGUUUUCCUGAGGCCCAGCAGAAACUUAACAAGGUCAAAAUGGUAUUUGACAUGCCAGUGGAGAAAAUCUAGAGUUUUGGUAAAGACUUUUUCACUUAAAAAGAAAAAGAAUUUUGCAGGGCAAUAAAUUUUCAUGCAUUGUGAUUUAAACUAAUGCCUUUUGUCAGAAUCAGGAGGAAACUUGCACUCGAAGCACGUUAUCCCUGACUUAUGUGCAGCAGGAUUUCUUGGACCUUCUCAGCAGAGAACUGGUGCCAGCCACUGCCAGUAAGAGCCUGGUCUGACAGGACAAAUAGUGUGAACUCACAUAGCAGUUAUCUUCCAAAUUCCAAUCUGUGCUUUGGAGACCCAAGUUUAGACAGAACUGGCACAGCUCAGACCCAGACUGAACUUCUUUGGGUUUAUUUCAAUCACAGAUGUGCUCUGAACCUUUUCCCUGGGUCACAUGUCUCUGUGGAUCAUGUAAUCUUUUCCAACACAGAAAAUCUGGUUCUGAGAGACGUUCCUGUUCCCAUCCUUUGCUUCAGCCCUUUCCAACUCCUCUAAGCUCUGUGAAAUAAAUUGGCGAGAAGCCGCCGGAGCUGACAGCAGGAGCUGAUGCCUUUCCAGCAAACAGGGUGACUUCAUUUCACGAUGCAAUGCUCUGGUGAAGCUGGGAGUUCAGCCUGGAGCUGGAAGCGGGCUGGGGUUAACAUUUUCCCUCUUUGGAUGUGGCGAACCCUCUUUGGAUGAACCAGGCGUUGUGCAGCCUUCAAAGCCUGACAGCUCAGCCGGGUGAACACGGGGGGAGCAGCCACUGUGGCUGUCAGCUGGGGUCACAGCACGGGGGUGCGUGUGCCACCUCCCCUGUCACAGCAGGGCUGCCACAAACAUCAUCUCCCUUACGGCCCCGGGCGCUGCUACCAAAGGGCUGCGCGUCAGAGCCCUGCUCGUUUAGCGAGAGCAGGGAGAGGGGCCGCGGGGAGCUGCGGAGAGUGGCAGGGAGAGGAGGAGCAGGGGUGAAAGGGUGAAGCUGCCUGUUUCUAAGGGAACGGUCUAGGAAAAAAAAAAAAGAAAGAAAAGGGAAAAAGGCUCAUUUGGCAGAGAGAGGAAAAACGGGGAAGAGGUGCCUGACUGUUCCUGCUUCUCCUCACAUGAGAAAAUUGCUGUAUGGCAGCGAAUCAAGUAUUCAAAGCUUUAGGGCCCCACCACUGAUUGCAGAUGACUUAACGAGCCAUUUCAGUCCUGUGUGAGCAGGCUGGAAAUGGCACUUGCCACUGUCAUUGUAGGCAUUUCAUCUUCCAGAAGACUAAUUAGAAAAGCUUUCACGGUAGCCAUAAUAUAGAUAAGGUGCACAGAAUACCUCCAGCCCAGAAGCCCCCGUGGCAGCUGGGUCUGUUAAUUUGUGCUUUAUCCAGCAGAGGGUCUUUUCUAUUAUAUUUUCUCCAGACUGUUCUCAGUGAUGUGGUGCAGGAGGAAGACACCCCUUUACGUAACUAAAUCAGAUCUGAAUCCCCUGAGAAGAUGUCUCUUUGGUAACCAGGCACCUCAUCUAAGCCAAAAGGGUGACAAAAGGUCCAUAUCCGAAUAUUUCCAAAAAGAUAUAUUCCCAGCAAACCCAGGAUUAAUACUGUUUCAUAUUUCUAGAACAGUUAGUGCCUGAAGGCCAUGCUGAAACUGGGUUCUCAUUGUGCCAGUUGUUACAUAUAUGCAUAUGGAUUCUUUACAAGCCAGAAGGAACUGUCUAGUCUGCUCUGCACAGGACAAGGCAGAUAAUUUUAUCUCCUGGUGUCAGUACCAGGACGUGGCUGGGCUGGGCUAGAUCUCUUAGAAAUGCAUUCAGAUCCAAGAAAAACAUGAAGUUAUAUAGCAGCCACAAAUCCAUAGAUCAGCUGUGCCAGUGGCCAAUUCCCCUUAUGCCUUUAUUCUGCUUGAAAUUAUGCUGGUUUUGCAGCCAUAGGGCUUCACUCUGCCACACUAAAUUAUUGAACUCCUGUGCAGAUACUCAUAAAUCCACCAUGAGGGGAAGUUCUCCAGCACAGACUGGGUGAUAGAAGGUGGUCUGUAUUUCUGGGGUACCUGUUUGGAAAAACUUGUGUGAAAGGCUUGGUCCCAGCUCUGCAUCUGAGCUGCCUUUUGGCUGAAUCCUCGACCCUCUGAUUGACACCAUAUUGGCCUGAUUUGUGCUGUGCCAAACAUGUUUAUUUUCCUGGCAGCCCCGCAGCUUCUCCCCUGGGGAAUAUCUCGUGUUAUGUGACACACUUCUGCUCGACAGGGCUGUGGUUUGAAGCAGUACCUAGAAACUCCCUGUGUCUCCAGGGAGCAGCAGAACAUGUCUGCAGAAACACACCCCCCAGCGCCGUGGGGGGGCUGCUCCCUGAAUCAGCUCCUGCCCUCCUCUAAUUAACGAAAGCCUGGACUUGUGUUGUCAUCUCCUGCUGAUUAAUCCCCUUCCCCCAACGUCAGCAGCAAGCUUUCCUUCUCCCACUUGGAUUGUGCAGUCUGGGGCUUGUGAGCACUGUGGGAGCUUCACAAGGAUCUGCUUUCUGAUCUGCUUUCCCCACCAACACCCAGUGGGGGAACUGAGGCACAGGGCAGGGAACGCCUUCCAGACUGUCACUCCUGCAUGGCAGGUCUUCCUCCAUUCACCACGGGGGACAAUGUUGUCUUAUCUGUUCUUGUGCCAAAGGAAUUUGGGCUUGGAAAUAGAGAGAACUGCAGGAAAAGUGAAUCACCACAUGUAAAUAAAUCACCUGCCUGGGGAUCUGA